CUGAGCCACCGUACUUCAGGGAUCUGGCAACCCUGUCCCCCUGUACAUGUUAGAGGCGCAUGGACAGCAGCAUGUCUGCGUUUGCUGUGUAUAAGUCAGUGAGGCAGCAGGAGGCAGACACACGCCAGCCCUCAGUUUCACCACCAAAGAAAAAGAAGAAGAGGAAGCAAAAUGGAUUAGUGCCAACUGUGAGCAGCAAGAAGAAGUCAAAAAAGAUCUCUGAGGAGAGAAAGAUAAAGGCGGAAGAAAACCAUGAUGAGCCUGUUCAUGAGGACCUGCAAACAUCGAACGGGACCGAGCGGGUGAACAAUGACACGCUUCACACACUUCUCACCCUGCUGGCCAAAGUGGACAACAGCAGGCAGCGAGCGAACACACUGUUCCAGUGGCUCAUUCAUCCUGUUACAGCCAAGACCUUCUUCAGGGACACUUGGGAAAAGAAGCCCCUUCUGAUCAGACGCCAGAAUCCACACUACUAUGAGGGUCUUUUCUCGACAGCAGAGUUUGACCGCAUUUUGAGAAAUGACGAUGUGCAGUACGGAGUGAAUCUAGAUGUGACGAGCUUCACCAAUGGCAAGAGAGAGACACACAAUCCACCAGGGAGAGCUCUGCCUUACUCAGUGUGGGAUUUCUAUGAGAACGGCUGCUCGCUGCGAAUGCUGAACCCUCAGGCUUUCUCCUCGACUGUGUGGAACGUUCUGUCCAUCCUGCAGGAGAAAUUUGGCAGCAUGGCAGGAGCCAACGUGUACUUAACACCAGCUGGAACUCAGGGAUUCGCGCCGCAUUAUGAUGAUAUCGAAGCGUUUAUUGUGCAGCUGGAAGGGAAAAAGCAUUGGAGAGUGUAUAACCCACGGUCUAAAGAUGAAGUGUUAUCACUCGUGUCAAGCCCUAAUUACAGUCAGACCGAGAUUGGUAAUCCCAUAAUGGACGUGGUGCUGGAGCCGGGUGAUUUGCUGUACUUUCCCCGUGGGUUUAUUCACCAGGGCAACUGCCUCCCGGACGCCCACUCGCUACACAUCACCAUCUCCUCCUACCAAAAAAACAGCUGGGGCAAUCUGCUGCUGAAGGUGAUGCCAGCAGCUUUGGAAAUGGCGAUAGAGGAGGAUGUGGAGUUCCGAAAAGGUCUUCCUCUUGAUUACCUCACCUACAUGGGAGUGCAGAACUCUGACAAGGAAGAUCCACGCAGAGACAGAUUUUUGUCCCACAUAGACGGUUUAAUGAAAAAGUUGGUGUCCUUUGCUCCAGUGGACGCUGCUGUGGAUCAGAAAGCACGCGAGUUUAUGCACGACUGCCUGCCACCCGUGCUUACGCCAGCCGAGGAAGCAAGCAGCGUGUAUGGAGCUCCUGUUCGAUUCGAGGAUGGAGAGGCAGUGAAUUUAAACACAUACAUGAAGCCUCAAACCAAAAUAAGACUUAUGCGUGCCGGAAUUGCUAGACUAUGCAGUGACGGUGAGGCUGUUCAUCUUUAUUACACCACUGAGAACUCCAGAGUUUAUCACAAAGAGGAGGCCAAGAGCAUGGAGAUAAAUGAAGAGCUCACAGAUGCUGUGGAGUUCCUGAUCCACUCGUACCCAAAGUUUGUCACAAUCUCAAGUUUACCCUGUGACUCCGAUGAAGACAAGGUGUCCUUGGCAGAGAUGCUGUUUGCGAAAGGACUGAUCAGCACAUCUGAACCUUUGACAUCAAAGUGAACAGUUCAGCUUUUCACCAUAACUGCCCAAAACAAUUUUUUUUCCACUUUUUUCUUUGUUUUUGGGGAUAACUGACUUUCUGAUAUCUACACCUUUGCAAUAAACGAUUUGACUUCA